AUCACUAUUAGAAUCUUUUUCGUUUGAAGAGAGAAGUGGUUUAGUUAUCAUAAUGGUUUCGAUUCAAGUCUUCUAUAUUUUUUCUGUCAUGGUCAUCAUUUUAUUGCUGUGUUCAACAGAUCUAACAAGCCAAACUAGAGUAAGAAGAUCUUUAGAUGACUUGGAAGAUGGCAUUGAAAACGUUAUCAUCGGAGAUGUUACUCAACCGAACACAUUUGAUGAGGAAAUGGGAAAUUUUGAAGGAGAGAGUGGACAAGCUGAGCAAACAGGCGAUGACAUUGGUCUGAGUUUAGAAGGAAGUUCUGGAUCUGCUGAGGACUCUGGAUUUAGUGCUUCCUCGACAUUAGUAUUCGUAAAACCACAUACAGUAGAAAAACGAAAAAAUAUAAACAUAAGAGGAAACGACUAUUCGAUUACAUCCGGCGAUGAAGAGGUCGUUAAAGAAAGUUCUACUCCAGUGGCAUCGUCAGGCUUUCUGCAAGAAAAAAUCCAAACACGUCUAAAACUAAAACUGAAAUCAGAUAGAAAUAUAGUUGGGUCUGGAUACCAGGAAAGUAACCGACCUAAUAAUGAAAUAAAUGGCAGUGGAGUUCAGGAUAUGCAACUUGUAUCAAAGAAUGCUGAGAAAAAGGCUCCAGCGAUAAACGAAGGCGAAAACAUCGGGUUUUCGGGAGUGAUUAAUGAUAACUUUUCAAGUGGUGAUCUGGGGGACAAUAUAAAUAAAAAUUCAAACCAGAUGAAGCCAACCAAACAAGACGUUAACAAAAGUCUUAAAAAUGCAACUAACAGUUCUCGAAGUUAUGAAGAGCCAAAAAUUCUAUCAAGAGAAGAAUUUAUAAAGUACUUGACCGCUAAGAUUAUUGCGAUAAGGAAUGAAUCGCUUAGAAUAAAGCAAGGUUCAGAAGCAAAAGAAAUGAAGGGAGGACCCUCGUUUGUUGUUAAUGAAGGCCAUAGUAAGGGUGCAAAAAGUAGUUUAAAGUCAGGUGGAAAAUUCAUUAUGAUAAAUAGUAAUGGAAUUCUAGAAAAUGCGAACAUGGAAAAUAAAGUUGAAAACAUGAAAUCACAAGGUGGUGUUGCUGAAAAAGAAAGUACGCAGAAAAAUAGCAUCAAAAUCUUGAAUGUCCACCAAGGGAACAGGAGUUACUCUUCGAUGUCGCCCAUCUAUCACUCUGUAAGCAACAGCCAUUUUGAAUUGGAAAAAAUUUCGCAAACACAACAUCAAAAUUAUGUCAAACCAAAAGAGGUUGACUUGAACAAGAAGGCGAAAGCCAAGGAAGAAGCAAAAUUAAUGAUUGAAAGGACAAAGAAAAUAUCAUCUUCAUCCCCAAUACAUCACCAUGACAACGACGAGCACAAUAAUAAGCACAUACCGUCUCAAGCAGAGGCUGUCAAACAAUUAAAGGAUGUAAAGCAGGAGGAAGAUCUCCGAAAGGAAAAAGAAAAAAAGCUCAUCGAAGAGUCUGUACAUCAAAGCAUAAACAGUUUCCAAAAGACGAAUAGUAACCAACUUGAAUUAAAUCAUGACCAAGGAGCAGGUUUGAAGCACACGAAAGAUGUAAAACAAAAAGUAGGAUUGCAAAUAGAAAAGGAAAAGAAGCUAAUUGAAGAGUCGAUAUUUAAAACCACUCAGAAUCAUCAGAAAACCAACAAUUCUCAGCAUGAUGACUUGAAGCCGAAGGAAGCUACGUUCCGCACCAGAUAUUUUGGUAAAAAAAUUGAAAAAGUGAAAACGAAGUACAAGGAAGAUAAACUUUUGAAGAAACUAGAUGCUUUGAAGUUUGGAAGCAAACCAUCAACUGUCAAGAAGACGAUGACGUUCAAGAAUCUCAAACAGUGUGGCUUGUUCGUGGAGGAGUACAACGUAUCUAGGACAAGCGCUUCAUGGAAUACGAGACUGUUCUCUCAAUACUCGUACCUUUAUGAGAUACCUGAACAUUUUUCUGAAUGUUCCACCGUGGGUUGGUUUAAUAACACAGACAUGCGCGGUAGCGUAUUUAUAAGCUUUCAAGUGAAGAGUAUUCUUGGCAAUACGAUGAUGAAUAACGCCCGCGUGUGUGCCAAUUACUGCUGCCGUGAACCACGCUGUAAAGCAUGGACUGUAAGAAUACAGGAAGGAGAGACGCGAAACUGUGACAAAGGGUCAUAUUGCUGUUGGUUAAAAAGUGCCGUGCCUGAUAUCCGUUCAGGGGUAGACAACUGCACAUCCGGGAUAAUACGUCGUGUCAGCACCAAAGAUCCACCAAUAGGAAUGCGCUCUGCUGUGCCGCUCGGCGGCCUGUCAACGGGCUCCUUUGAGUUGCGCGCAGAUGGGACCUUCCACGAAUGGACCAUAGAAAACCAAUCUCCAGGUGGAUCUGCAAAGUUGAACAAAGGGUCGUUGGAUAUGGCAGUGCUUGGAGUACGCGUUGCAAAGGGGAAUAAAAGUGAGGCAGCGUUGUUAAGGACUCAUCCCCCACACGGGUUCCCUGGGGUAGAAGAGUUAUCGUAUUCAGGAGCCUAUCCUGUCAGUAAAUUGUCAACUGGUGGGAACGUACUAGCUAAAAUGGUUGAAAUGGACAUAUAUGCGUAUCCGGUAUUUCACCUUCGAAACCCGUACAGUUCUGCUAUUCCUGCAGUGGCAUUCACUAUUGGCUUGAAAAACAAAGAAAAGAGAGAUCCUGUCACAGCGUCAUUUUUGUUGAAUCUUCCUCUUGGUUAUCAAGAUGACACGAUACGAAUGGGUGAUAACUAUGGUGAAGUGGUUUUUACUAGGAAUGUCUUACCAGCGGACUGCGCAAGAGCAUGCGCAAAGAUGCCCAAGUGCAUCGCUUGGACAACGAAUGGUCCGAAUGCAUGUCUUCUUAAAGACAAAAUGCCUAAUCACGCAUGGACUGCUGGGAUAAUUUCUGGAGUCAAGGGACAAUGGAAUACAAAUAACUCAAUGUUGACCCUCGAACGACCAGGAUUCUUUCCUCAAAGUGGAAGUACAACGUUGCAUGCCGUAGAAGGGGAUGACAAGGAGAUUUCUUUUGGUGUUGCUGAUGAUUUUAUGGAUAUAUGGAAAAAAUUCAAUGAAACAGGUCUUGCUGGGAACACGACCAUUGUUCCAGUAGUUGGUCUACAUGGAUCAGCUUCAGUCAGAACCACUUUGAAACCCGGACAGACAAAAUCCCUGACCAUUAUUAUGUCUUGGUAUUACCCCCACCGUGACAUGGCCAAGGUUCAUAUCGGUAACUUUUACACCAACAUGUUCCAAUCAAGCCAAGAAGUAGCGGCGUAUAUGCGUAAAAAUCUCCUGAAGUCAGUAUCUAGCAUUGCAACAUGGCAAGAACCAUUUUUGCUUAGUACUGGACCUUCUAUGCAACCCAGCUCCACUGUUUAUCGACUUCCUACCUGGCUGAAUGACUUAUUGAUGAAUAGUGUUAGCUUUUGGCGAUCGGCGUUCUGGACAAAAGACGGAAGAUGGAGGCAAUGGGAAGCGUAUGACUGUAACGAUAUUGAUACCAUUCAUAAUGAUAUGCAGAGAAUACUUCCUUACAUGCUGUUUUAUCCAGAGAUCGUUCGCCAUUUGUUGCUGUCGUGGGCAGGACAUCAGUACUCCAAUGGAAUGAUGCAAGAAGCAUUAACUCAAGGAUGCUUGGGAAAAACUGGAAAACUAGGCACAGGGCUACCAUUCAGAAAAGCCACUUUUUAUGAUUUGGCUGGGAUUGACAAAUACGACCAUCAUAUCUAUGACAGUGUCAUCUAUGUAUUAGCCCUAAAAGCAUCACUUGCUCUUGCAACGAUUAUGAAAGAUGACACUUUCGAACAAACAACAAAUGCUGCGAUCUCUAGAGCCAAGUCUCUCAUAGAGAAAGAAUUCUGGGUGGAGCAUUCCGAGCAUUAUAGGGCAUGGUGGGAUAUGGAGUACGGUGCUUCUGAUUGGAUAAUGUCCGAUUCCUUCUAUGGGCAGGUAUGGGCCAACACCCUUGGUUUGGGUGACCUUGUGCCAAGAAAAAAGCUCAAGCGUCAUCUGGAAGCUGAAACCAUAAUAAGUAACACCCCAUGGGGUCUGAGAGUCAUCAGUACAGAUAGGUCAGCGGUUAACGAUGAAGACACAUCCCUCAUUCUAAGCCAUCGGUUACCCGGAUGCAAGUCUUUGGAGAACAUAACAAAACAUGAUUCCGUAUGGAUGGGUGCAGACGCAGACUGGGCUUCACUGAUGAUCAAUUUAGAAACGCAUCCACAAUGGGCAUUACUACAAGCAAAGAAAUCCCUAGAUCACUGGCGAUCGACUCUUAACGACCAAUGGAACAUUCAUGGUCUCAUGUCCUCUGGAGGGUAUGGACAGGACGGUUUGCCAUGGGCUAGUUCACAUCACAAUUCUCAUCUUGUUAUAUGGCAUAUACCUCUUGCUAUAAGCGGACAGCAGUAUUCAGCACCAGAUAGGACGUUAACAUUUUGGCCAAAAGUUGAAAUUCCCUUUGAGUUACCCUUUUUUGUCCCGACAGCUUCUGGCCUGAUUGAAGGCCGACUUAGUGAAGAUACAGAAGAAGAAGAAGAAAUGUUUACAUUCAAAGUUACAUCAGGAGAAAUUAUUUUAAAACACCUAACGAUACUUGGGACUGCUUAUGGCAAUGGAGAGGUAUAUCUAAAAAAAGGCUCGACGAUCACGUGGUCAAGACCGAGGCAAAAUGUCAGGAAUAUAUUAAAUGAGUUGAAAUAGGAAUCAUCCCUGAUGUUGACAGUUAAAUUAGGCCGAUGGUUUGUGGUUAUAUAACAAUCCUUUCAUAUUACAAGCUUUCUAAAAUAAAUAAAUUAUUUUCGUUGGAACCUUUAGCAAAGUAGACACCAAUUUCAGCAGUUCCACAUAUUUAUUUCUGAUAGAUGAGGCUGAGGCUACCAGCUCACUAGAUACACGAU